AUAUUUUUGAAAAUAUUAUUUGUUCACUUCGUACGAAAUACGUCGGAAGCAAUCAAGAUACCGAAGUUAUGCAACUGACGAUCGAUUCAUAAUCAUUACUGUAUUCGUCAUAUUUGUUGAUCAGAUUGGUAAAAAUAGAAUAAGGCACUCUUCACUUCCGUUGUCACAGAUUUCUACAAUAGAUCAUAGUAAGAUUUUCCGGACCAAAACCCAGUUGGUAUGUCCAUGUGCCAAUCUGAAACAUUCUUAAUAUCAUAGGAGUAGAUAUCCAUCAAAUGGUGCAGCAGGUGACGCCUCUUCGAAGCCCUGGAGUCGAAAAGGAUGGUCAAGAAUUUGGGCUUGUUCCUAGAUACGUGCUGAGGAAAAAGAAAGCAGUGAACAAGGAAGGACGAGGACCCACAGGCGACUCCAACCAUGUAAAAAACAACCAGAAUGGCCACCACGACAUGAUGAAGGAUUGCGACGAAGAAGACACCCCCCAAAAGACUCCACAAGAAGUGGACAAGCUGUUGCACGAGACAAACUCGCUGCUAGCUCGCCGAUGGAGAUUGUCAUCCCUUAUAGAUUCGGAGCGCGACAAGAAAGUCUUACUGGCUACCGAGGCCUACCUACCGUCAAAGGCCGCCGACCGCAUCGAAAAAAAUUGCAAAACCAAGAUGGAACUUUUUGGGUCUGAAUUGAUGGAUAAAAAAAUAACUCUGUUCGAAGAUUUGUCCUCUGAAAAGUCCGAAGUUGGCGUCGAAGGCGGUUAUGUCCAGCUUCUUCCUACCCGUGAUCUCGCAGGCCGCGCAGUUCUGUUUUUUCAAUACGACCAAGACCUGUAUUCAGAGCAACCAAUCAAUUUCCGCAAGAUUUUGUUUUAUAUGAUGGCAAGUGCACUGGAAGACGUAGAUACGGCCCGGAAAGGAAUCAGCAUGGUAGUUUGGAAUGGUGCUCCCACGAAAUGGUUCGAUCCCUUUUGGCGAGUCUUUGAAAAGAUCAGUGCUCCAUUCAAAAUAUCAAAACUGCAUUACUGCCAAGUGUCACAGUACGAGUCAUCGUACCAAGUCCUUGAAAAACGAGAGCGAGGAGAGACGGAUGUUCGGAUCCAUAAGGGGUCGUUGCAGGAAUGCAUGCAUGGUCUUGUAACAUAUGGUGUUCCGAGCCACUUUAUCCCACUGAAUCCUCUUGAUGGAAGCAUAAAUUUGAAAGAGCACUUAAAAUGGAUCGAGCUCCGCCGACGGAUCGAAUCGUUUCCAGAAUCUCAACAGGCAUGCAUUGUGCUGGUGCCCGGGCAAGACGACGUUCUUCUGGGCAAGCGGAAGAUGUCUAUGAAUGGCAACGUGCUUUAUCACCAGAUGAUUAUGAAAAACAUCAAAGCCUACCACGAGGCAACAUCUGAAGACGCGCGCGAUGAUAUUCUGAUGGCUGUAUGGGAUUCCAUACAGUGUCGCGGAGGGCGGUUUUUGUUGCAGGUCGAGGACGGUCAAUUGUGGGAGAGGCUGGAGUUGCAGUCGGCUCUGUACAAAAUCAGCCAGGCUUUUGACUUUUUAUGCAUGCAGCUUUAUGCACCAAAGCCAACGAGCUCGAAAGAUUCCAGCAGCAAGAAUUCGAAGGACGACGAGGACAUAUUUUUUGGUUGGAACGAUUUGCUCGAUGGGAAAAAAUGCUAUGAAUGUUUCGACCUGAUACACUGCAAGGGCGAUGGUUUUGGGAAGCCAGCCGCGUGUUGGUAGGGGCAAUUGCUCUCUGCUGUGGCAAGCGCUACAGCAAAUUAAUUUGGGACUCUUUGUGCAGUAUGGAAUGUAGAGCAGAUUGGAUCAUGGUUGUAUUUCUUGCAUCAUUAUUGUUUUAUGUGAUAAUCACUGCCUGUAAAAAGUUGUAGUUACAAUGCUUAUGCAUGCCUUACCCCUGCUGUAUUGGUGUAGAUUUGCUGCGUUUGCUACGAGUCCUUUGUCAUACCAUAUGAGUUCGUGGAAGAUGCAAUCACAGGGCAGUCAUGACGUCGUCGCAGCUUUGCGAACAAUGAACCAAUGUCAUCUGUUUUUCCCUUUUUCCGGAUGACAUCCCCGCGCUUGUUGAAAGUGAGGCAGUAGGUAUAUCAGUCUGUGGCGUGAUGAAAGUCUGGCCUUUGCGAAUUUUUCCUGACUGCUCACAUACCCGUCCCGGCGGAAUGUAUUGGGGUGCCUUCGCCGUUUCGUUGCCGGUCUCGAAAGCAUCCCUAAAUACGACCUUAGUCAUGUCGAUCUAAUCAAGAAUUUCGAUUCUG